AUGUCACAAUCACCUCUGCAGCGCUCAACGCGCCGGUCCCUCCCAGCCUUCGCGCACACUCCCUCUCGACUCUCCAAACCCGCUUCUUCGUCAGACCUCGCUCCUCGCGCCUCCACGUCCAACUCCACGUCAUACGCUACCCCGCCUCCCGCCCGGCUGCAGUACAAUGAAGAAGCCAAUCUUCGCCGGACACCUAUCUACUAUUCUCCGCAGGCGCUAUCUACUCCUCCAGCGGGUUUGAGCAAGAGCGCGAGUAUACCGUUCGAUAUGGCCGCAAGUGCCAAAGCUGCGCGGACAGCUGCGGCGUCUUCGUCCACACGGGAUAUGGGCGUUGACGGAGAUGGCGGCGCAGGACCAAGCGAGAAGAAGAAGCGCUUCGUCCGUCAGAAAUCUAUAUUCCAGCGAAUCGCAGACUACCCUCAACACGUCGUCGACAUGUUCCUCCUCCUCUCCCCUACUUCCAUGCUCGAUCUCCUUCCUGAUGAGCGGUACGCCCACCCCAUCGUGCUCGGAAUACAGGCUGUCCACUUCUUAUGUACGGCGUCUUUCUGGACGUCCAAAGCCGAGGAGACGAGUAUACUCCGGUCGAGUGCUGAGCGGCGGGGUGUAGGCGGGAGGUGGGGCAAAUGGGAGGACGAGCAGCGGAGUCAGCGGUUCCUUGGUGGCUGGGGGGUGUUCGUGUUCACUCUGCUCCUCUUCGCGCUCGCAUCGGCAAAUGCGAUCUACCUGUUCUCGCGCUUCCGGACAUACGAUAUGCAGCUCCGCUCCGCUCAAGAGACGCCCGUGUCUCCCCAUGCUUCAAGUGUCAAAUCCCCGAGAUCCACAUCCUCCGAUGACCCAUUCACCCCCGACACACCGGCCGAGCGGAAGGAUGAAACACCUGGCAUGAAGGUCGCCAGGAUAGGUUGGAAAGUCACAGUCUUCCUUGUCAAGGGUUCAUAUGCUGCCAUCCGCUCGAUGCUGGGUCGUCCGUCUAGCGGUCCGCCCCAGGGAUACGCAAACGAAGACCGCAUUCAGUCGCUGAGAGUAUGGGAUCCCCCAGAUUUCUGCCUUGCGUUCUUCUGCGCCUACCCUCCUACAGCCCCCCUCCAAACCCACCUCCUCACCCCCCUUCACCCGCUCCUCACCCCCUUACUCCACCUCACAUCCGCCCUCCUCCUCUCGUACCUCUCGCAGCACUUCCGCCAGCUCGUACGCGACCGGAUGGUACUCUCUGCCGAGGUGAUGCGGGAGUAUGACCGACGAUUUGUGUACAAGCGGGUGUUUGCGAGUAGGGUGGAUAGGGCAAGUCAGACGGAGCAGGCCGAGUCGGUGUGGUAG